AUGGCAGAGAGCAGCAGCUCACCAAUCAUCUCCUCUUCUGAUUUCUCAUCCGUCACUGACGUGUUGCCACCCGACCAUCAUCAUCAUCAUUACGAACCAGCUUCACCAGUCAAGCUCUUCGGAUUCCCAUUAACCCAUAACCAGCAAAUCAUUACACCCCACCACGACGACAAACCAGAAACCUUCGGAGAGAUCAGGAAAUUCGAGUGCCAGUUUUGCCGCCGAGUCUUCGCCAAUUCCCAAGCACUCGGCGGCCACCAGAACGCACACAAACGAGAGCGCCAACGCGUCAGGCGCAACAACUGUCACGCCAAUCAGAGCCACCCACUAGCCCCCAUCGCCUCACCGGUGGCGCCGCGGCCGUCGAUGAUGCCCGCCAUUUGUCCACGAGAAAGUAGACUCGAGUCUGGACAAACUUCUUAUUACCAGCUAAGGCCUUUGGUGCUUACUUCGUCGUCAUCGUCGUCAUCAUCCCCUCUGCCUCGUCAUCAUCAGCUUCGUUCAGCUCGAAUCUACAUCGCGCAGCCAUUGAUGCAGAUUGCUGCUACAGCGAAUGGGUUCGGUACUGGCAGAUUGGCUCGAGAAGAAGACGUGGGUGUCGAUCUUCAUCUUAAACUUUCUAACUGAUCAGGUCGAUGAAUACAUAUAUAUAUGUUGGCCCAUGCAUAUUUGACGAA